UCCAUGCCUCUCUUUUUUUAAUUCGUCUUUCUUUGCGUAACAAAAUACAUAUCCUCUCUCUCUCUCUCUCUCUCUCUCUCUCUCUUCUUCUCGAGCAUGUCUGUUUGUUGAGGAAGAGAGGACUAAAAGAGUGUCUUUAUUAAGACCCUCUUUGAUUAAUUCCAUCCUCAUCUCAUAUAUCUCACAUUUCGAGCAUACCAAGGAGCCACUCCCCUCACUCUGUUCUCUCCUCUCCUCCCACAUCACCCCACCAUACCCUUCUAUCAGUCCUCCACAAGUUGAAGGAUAAGGAUCAAAACCCACUUCAAAAAUUUACAUACCCAAUUGAGUUUAACCUUAGAACAGGAAAAUUCCUCAUCUAAUCUACAAUGUUUGUUGAAUCCUCUUCCAUGCCUGCUCCUGAUCUUUCCUUGCACAUAAGCCCUCCUAAUACUUCUCCUUCAUCGAUUUGUAAUAGCGAACCAGACACCGGAUUUGAUCUUUGGCGACGACCUGAAGGUAUGAGGUUAAAUAGUGAUAGUUCAGUGAAGAUUGACUCCCAGGCUUACACAGAGCUUUCACUAGCUAACCCAAGAAAUGGGUUAGAAGCUGAGAGCUCUUGGAGGAGAAACUUCACAAGAGGAAGUGAAGAACAUCUUAACAGUAACUGGGUUAAUCAACUAAAUCAUGGGGGAGUAUUACUUCACGAUAUCUCAGAUGGGUUGAAUGGGUUGAGACCCAUAAAAGGGAUUCCAGUUUAUCACAACCGUUCAUUCCCUUUCAUGCCUUCUUGGUCUUCAUCAUCACCACCUUCUGCUUCUCCUACUUCUCCCUUUCUACAUGGAGUUUUGGAUCCCAAUUCUUCAUCUCCGUCGCCGUCACCGGCUUAUCGGAUUGCCGGUGUCUCAAGGUUUAAUGGGUUUUCUUCAGAUUCACUACAGCAUCACUACAACCACCACCACCACCAACAACAACAAUAUGGAAUGGGAGCUUCAGAGGUUUAUUCUCAUGGGAUGAUUAGAUCAAGAUUUAUGCCAAAGAUACCUGUAAAGAGGAGUAUGAGGGCACCGCGAAUGCGAUGGACAAGCACUCUUCAUUCUCGCUUUGUUCACGCGGUGGAGCUCCUUGGCGGCCAUGAAAGGGCUACUCCAAAAUCUGUUCUUGAGCUCAUGGAUGUCAAAGAUCUCACAUUAGCUCAUGUUAAGAGUCAUUUACAGAUGUAUCGAACUGUUAAGACCACUGAUAGACCUGCUGCUUCCUCAGGCCAAUCAGAUGGGUCUGGAGAAGAAGAUAUUGCAUCAGCAGCUGGCGAUCUUAGAUUAAAUCAAAGAGGAUCAUCAGAUGGAUCUGUACAGCUAGAAUCAGAUUACCCUUCUACCACUACCUUGUGGAGUAACUCUUCAAGUGGUAGAGGAUUGUCACCGCAAACUAACACAACUGACAUGGAUGGGCAUAGACCUUCGACCUUCUUGUCCCAACAAAGAUCUGGAUACCAAGUAGAGGAGAGCAAUUUCAGCAGAUCAAAAAGCUUCCCGGGGUCCCAAAUCAAGAAUCCUAGCUUGGAAUUCACCUUAGGAAGACCUGGUUGGCAUGGUGAAGAGCAUGAUUGAAAUGCUAGAGGCUUUUCAUUCUUUUAAGUGGGCAUCCCUUGAUUGAAUCCAGUUUCUUCAUGGGUGACAUAAAGGGAACAUAUAGAUAUAUACAUAUAUGGUCACACACACAUUGAGAGAGACAAGUCUGCAAAGGCAUUGAGUUGGAAGGAGGAAAGACAAAGCCAUAUCUUAGUUAUCCCACUCAUGUAAGUCUCUGCUGUAUCGAACAUUGCAAUCUCUUUUUGGGUUUUUGUAAGUGGCUGAAGCUGCACUUUAUUCUGAGCUGAUAUUAUUCCAUGUGGAUGCUGAGAAAGAAGAAGAAAAGAGAAGAAAGAAGGGAAUCAAGUCUCAAUGGAGCACUAUGUGGGUUAUGUUCUCUUUUUAAAUUUAAAAGAAAGAAAGGGAAAUUAAAGGUCUAAUCCAAUACACUCUGAGCGUUUCUCAUGGGAAGUUUGUCUUGUGAGAGUGUGAAAGCUUGACUUUUAAGAGAUCUCUUUAUGUCAUUAGCUUCAUCUAGAUCUGAUAUUAAAGUUCAUAUGCCCACACAAAAAGGUAUGGUGCAUAAUUGUGUUUACGUUCA